AGUCAAAUCCAUAGGGAAGCAUUGGCCGAACCCCUCCCCUUUAACCGUGUGGUUUGGUUCUAGUUGCUCGCACGUUCGUUUCAUUGCGGGACUCAUGUGCUUCUCCCUCGUUUUGGAGCGGACUGUUAUUUUUUUUUUCUUCUACAUACAUUUACCUAUAAAACCUUUUUACAUAGAAGAUUUUCUGCUUUUGCAUUUUGUACGAUCAAAAUGAGGAAACGUGGAAUAAAGCUUUCGGAUACUCACUGGUAGCAUAGAGGAGCAGAAGCAACCUGUCUUUCAACCCAGUCUCAAGUGCCAGAGGGAGCAAAGGACAAAUGGCAAAGUGGCUCAAAGACUAUUUGAGUUUUGGUAGCAGGAGGAUGCCUCCUCAGCCACCUAAACCAGACUACACAGAGAGUGAGAUACUAAAAGCCUAUCGGGCUCAGAAGAACUUAGACUUUGAGGAUCCGUAUGAGGACUCAGAGAAUCGGGCCAGAAACGACUCUGGGUCCUCGGACUCCUCCCACACCGCGCUUGGUUCUCCUCUGAAGACCAACAGUCUGGAUAUGAAGAUUGUAUCUCCCAAACAUCGCCUAAUCAAGGUGGAUUCACAGGACCUGGGGCGAACAAAGAUCUUACUGAGUGCCAUCUCCUUAGAGGAACAAGAGCCUGUGGUUCCGUCAGCCCCAGCAGUGGGAGACACGGACUACUCAGAUCCAUUUGAUGCUCACCUGAACCCCCGGCCAGAGACUGAUCUGGGAGCAGUUCCCUGUGAGAACAAUGGCUACAUGGAGCCUUACGAGGCCCAGAGGGUCAUCACAGAGCUGCAGCGUGGACCGGGAGCAGCUCGGGUGCGGGGUGAGGUGCAGCUCUAUGACACCCCGUAUGAGGCAGAGCGGGGACGGCCACUGGGUGUGGGGCUCGGGUACGGAGACGCCCUGGAGGAAGGCAGGGAGAGCCGGCUGCCUCGGGAUGACGAGCGGCCAGCCGAUGAGUACGACCAGCCCUGGGAGUGGAAGAAGGACAACAUCUCUAAAGCGUUUGCAGAGAUCAGGUCAGAGUUGGCUGAGCUGCCUUGGCCCCCUCCAGUGGGCCAACAGCUGGAGGAGGAGCCCACCCCCUCCCUCAGAGAGCAAGUGCAGUUUGACGGCGCUGAGUGGAACCAGUCCACCACCGAGCAUCUGCGUCCGCCCCGGUCCAGUCCCCUGGGCGGAGGGGGCAUGAAGUUUCGGAUGCCCUGCUCUGAUCCUCCCAACAUGACGGGGGAGAGGGUAGACCCCACCCUGCCCCUAGAGAAACAAGUGUGGUACCACGGGACCUUGUCACGCUCCGAGGCCGAAUCUCUCCUGACCCUGUGUAAGGAGUGUAGCUACCUGGUGAGGAACAGCCAGACCAGCCGUAACGACUACUCCCUCUCAUUACGGAGCUGCCAAGGCUUCAUGCACAUGAAGUUCAGCCAGUGUAAGGAUGGGAAGUACGUCCUGGGGCAGAACAGCCUGCCCUUUGACACCAUCCCGGAGGUCAUCCAUUUCUAUACCACGCACAAGCUACCAAUCAGAGGAGCCGAACACCUGUCUCUGCUCUUCCCUGUGCUUGUGCAGACCCUGUGAUUGGCUCGGGACCCUUUUCCUGCAAUCCUGGGUCACAUCGUGAUUGGACACUGACUUUUGAUUUAUUGAAUGUCAAAGAGAUUUAGCCAAUUGGAGGCCACAUGUGCUCCUCUUGGACUGGACUGUUUGUUUAAGGAUUCCACAUCCAGUAGCUUAUCAGUAUAGAAACUUUUGUUCCUAUGGUUUCAACUCUCUCAGAUCUGGGAGCAGAUUCACACAAAAUGCAAUACUCAAGACUGUGCCGGCGCCUUUUCUCUGUAGCCCACCAGGGAUUUUAACUGACAACCUUUUACAUGAUAAGUUUCCCGCUGAGCUUGUGUUGCUGCCUGUACUGCUGCACUAUUCCCAGCCUCAAGGGAAAAUAUUCUCUUCUCACCCCAACCGGUUCUCCAUCUCCAGGGAAAAUAUGUUCCACUCACACCAACUGGGUUGAAGUCUCCUGGGGAAACUAGGUUCUUCUCACACAAACUGGUUCACUUUCAAUGGAAACUAGGUUCUUCUCACGGAAUCCCACGUCUGGACCACACGUUUAAUUUGACUAUUUUAGGCCUAAUUAGCCUGUCCUGUUGGUUUUAUUCUACUGUUGACUGAACCUGUGUGUCACUGCUCUAUGUUGACAGUAUUGUAGCAGGAGCUGUAGCAGCAGCCACAGAGCUGUGUCUGAUUUGUACUACUGUUGCUGUGUUAUAUAUAUGAUCUGUUGGUCUGGACCCCAUCGCUGCCUGGUUGCAGUGCUUUAUAGUGGACCACGAUAAUUUUUGAUGGAAAGCCAAAGGUUUACACAGCUACUUGAAUGGCCAAAUCACAGUGGUCAGGUGUGUAAAGGGUUAAUGAUGAUCUGUAUGGCCUGGGCCACAAUAAUCAGUGUAAUUGUCGUAGUCUCUAUUAAUCAGUAUGGAUAGAACAUGUCUUAUUUACCUGCUGUGUUGAGGCAUUUCACCUGUGGUAAAAACAGUAAAGGAUUUAUUAAAGUGCGGCGUGGAAGUUU